AUGGCGGAACAAGUUCCAUAUGGUGUGGCUACAAGUUUCAUCAACACGUUGGCUUCAUCAGCCUUCAGAGAGAUUGCUUCCAUUUAUGGGGUCGAGACUGAGAUUGAAUGGCUGAAGGAAACUAUUGAAGACAUCAAAGCUGUGCUUGCUGAUGCUGACCACAAGCAGCAGACUGAACAACUCAUCCAGCGCUGGAUGACCAAACUCAAACAAGUGCUUUACGAAGCAGAUGACUUGCUUGAUGAGAUCCACACCCAGCAUUUGCUGCACAAGAGGGAUGCAAAAGGAAAGGUAUGUGACUUCCUCUCAUCCUCCAAUCCAAUCGCUUUUCGCCUCAAAAUUGCUCGCAAGAUUAGAAAGGUUAGAGAGCAAUUUAAGGCUGUUACUGAAACUGUUUCGAGGUUGAACUUUGAUCGAAGAGUUGUGGAAAUGAAGCAUGAACAUAGUAGCUGGAGGGAAACUAGUUCUAAGCUUGAAGAGAAUAUCACUGGCAGGGAGGAAAGUGAGAAGGAGGUUACUGAUCUGUUGCUAAACACUAAUGACAAUCAAAAUGUUUCGUUGGUUGCUGUUGUGGGAAUAGGUGGUUUAGGUAAAACUGCUCUUGCCCAACUGGUCUACAAUAAUGCCAAAGCCAACAAACUUUUCGAUAAGCAAAUGUGGGUGUGUGUUUCUGAAGAGUUUGAUGUGAAAGCGCUCGUUAAAAAAGUAUUGGAAUCAUCAAUUGGCAAUGGUGUGAAUGACCAAUCAUUGGAAUUACUUAAGGAUCAACUUGAAGAGAAUUUGAACGGACAAAGAUAUUUGCUCGUCCUUGACGACGUGUGGACUGAGGAUAGAGAGAAGUGGUUAAAUUUGAAAAAAUAUUUGAUGUGUGGUGCCAAAGAAAAAUGUAAGGGCGUUCCGCUGGCAAUAAGAGUUAUGGGAAGUUUGUUGCAAUCAAAAUCGCAGGAAAGUGAUUGGGAAGAUAUGUUGCAAGAUUGGAUAUAUGAUAAGGAUGAACUGAUUGAUUUGUGGAUGGCACAAGGCUUCCUUGAAAAUAAAGACGAGAAACAAUGUCUAGAAGAUGUAGGUGAAGCAUAUGUUCGCAUUUUGUUAACAAAGUCAUUCUUGCAAGAUGUUGAGACGGAUGAAUUCGGCGAAAUAAAAUAUUUUAAGAUGCAUGAUUUGAUGCAUGACCUGUCCCAAUCAAUGCUAGCUCUGACCUAUACAUUGGGAGAGGAAAUAUGUUGCAAGGAUUUAGGUUAUAUGGGUGAGAUUAAUUCAUAA